AUGGAAGACGCGCCGGCAUCUCCCUCACAACCGGCAAAAUCGACAUGCAAGUCUGGCAAUCAGGCGCAAGAGGACUUUGGCGCUCUUUAUCUGCGCAAGAUCGCCUCCGAGUUUGCCGAUGACCUUGAUAAAGUGCGCGAGGCGCAAGACUUCAAGGCGAGCAGUGUGCCGAUGCUUAUCCACGCCUUGAAGCAAGGCGAAAGUCUGUUCACGGCAGAGGAGAAGAGGAGGGUUGUUGCAGCUACGAAGGCGUAG